AUGCCUGGGGAUGCGUUCAGCUCGCAGGACCAAAUUGCGUCGACCAGACUCAAGUCUGUGACGAAGCUUGCGGAGGCUCGGGCUACGCGUAUCAGAAAGAUAAGUCGGACGAUAGACAGUGUGUUUGCAGUUAUGAUGAUGCUAGUCAGUCUCUUGGGUGGUGUUGAUGAGUGGAUGAAGCUGGGUUGA